GCGGUGAAAUUUUUCACUGAGUCAUAUCGACAUUCUUAUCGACAUUGACCAUGGAUUUAGUUAACCAUUUGCCAGACCGGUUGUUGUUUGCCGUCCCCAAGAAGGGAAGAUUAUAUGAAAAAUGCUGUGAAUUGUUGAAGGGAAGUGACAUCCAGUUCAGACGUUCCAGCAGAUUGGACAUCGCCUUGUGUACCAACUUGCCCAUCGCCUUGAUUUUCUUACCAGCAGCCGAUAUCCCUAUUUUCGUGGGAGAAGGUAACUGUGACUUGGGAAUCACCGGGUUAGACCAGAUACAAGAAGCUGAUAUGUACGAUCAAAUCACCGACUUGUUGGACUUGCAAUUUGGCAAGUGUAAAUUACAGCUCCAGGUUCCUGCUGAUGGGCCUUACACCAAACCUGAGCAAUUGGUUGGUAAAAAGAUUGUUUCUUCAUUUACGAAAUUGGCAGGAGAUUUUUUCAAAGAUUUGGAAGGUAAAGACACUUUAAGCACACAUCUCAGGUAUGUGGGAGGAUCUGUCGAGGCUUCAUGUGCGUUGGGAGUUGCUGAUGGGAUUGUGGAUUUGGUGGAGAGUGGUGAAACCAUGAGAGCUGCUGGAUUAAAGGCUAUUACCACAUUGUUGGAAACCAGCGCACACUUGAUCUGUGCCAAAGAACCCAAAUUCCCUGAUAUAGUGAACGUAGUGAAGCAAAGAAUUGAGGGUAUUUUGGCUGCUCAAAGAUAUGUGUUGUGUAACUAUAAUACUCCUAGAAGCUUGUUGUCGGAGGUUUUGAAGAUAACUCCUGGUAGAAGGUCUGCUACUGUUUCGGCUUUGGAAAAGAAAGAGUUUGAAGUUGAAGAGUGGGUGGCUGUGUCGGCAAUGGUCGAGAAAGCAGAAACUGGGAACAUUAUGGAUGCCUUGAAGAAGAUUGGUGCCUCUGAUAUUUUGGUGUUUGACAUUGGAAACUGUAGAGUGUGAUAGAAAUAGACGUUUGAGUAGUUGGGU